ACAAACUGAGGCAUGAGUGGGGAGGCCUGGAAGAAAGUAGCGAUUUUUUUUUUUUUUUUUUUUUUUUUUAAAUAGGCAUCACAUCCAGCACGGAGCCCAGUGCGGGGCUUGAGCUCACCUCCCUGAGAUCAAGCCCUGAGCUGAGAUCAAGAGUCGGAUGCUUAACCGACUGAGCCCCCUGGGCGCCCCAAACAGAGAGAUUUUAUCCACCCAAAGAAAACAGUGUUUUGAAGCCCCUGAUGUUUCCCCUCGGUCAGCCCAUUUCUGUUGGUACUUACCACUAUCAUCAUUUCCCCACUUUGUUGUUUCCUUAAGUGAGGAGACUCGUUGCCCGGUAAACUCCCUUGUCCUCCUUAUGCAAGAAAGGAAACCCUGACUGAAACACAAAGCCGCAGAACAAAUUAAUAUUAUUAUGCCUUCGGGCUGAACUUCCUUAAAAAAAAAAAAAAACCAGAAAUGGAUUCAUUUUCCUUAGAUCUUAGCAACAAAAUAGUACUGGACUCAGAAACUGAUGAGAGAAGGAGAGAGAGAGAGAGAGAAUGAAUUCAUCCCAACCAUCUACAUCACAAGGCACAGAGAAAGGACACUUCUCUUCCCAAAGGCUCUUAUGGACUGUUGCUGGGGUCUCCAUUCUACUGCUCAGUGUCUGUUUUAUCACCAGAUGUGUUGUGACGUAUCAUAGCUUUCAACUCUGUGAUGAGAAAAAGUUCCAGCCAUAUGAGGAUUUAAUGGACUUCUCCUGCUACAAAGAUGGAUCGGGUUCAGUCAAGAAUUGUUGUCCGUCGAGCUGGAUCCAUUUUCAAUCUAGCUGCUACUUAUUUUCUACUAACACCAUGUCCUGGGCAUCAAGCGUAAAAAACUGCUCAAACAUGGGAGCACAUCUGGUUGUUAUCAACACACAGGAGGAGCAGGAAUUUCUUUUCUACGCGAAACCGAAAAGGAGAGAGUUUUAUAUUGGACUGACAGACCAGGUGAUUGAGGGUCAGUGGCAAUGGGUAGAUGGCACACCUUUCACAGAAGCUCUGAGCUUCUGGGACGAAGGGGAGCCCAAUAAUAUAGUUACAGUGGAGGACUGUGCUACCAUACGAGACUCUUCAAAUCCGAGGAAAAAUUGGAAUGACGUGCCCUGUUUCUUCAAUGUGUUUCGGAUUUGUGAAAUGCCUGAAAUAAGUGCUUUGAAUAACAAAAAAAUCUUCUGAGAACAGAAAGCACAACUGAAAUGCAUAAAUACAGAGGCACAAGAGCAUGAACACAACACCAACAGGAGAAAACUGUGCACUGCACUUUAUAAGGACUACCUAGGGACUUCAUAAGGACUUGUCGCUUUUGAUAUAAACUAAGUAGUUUUGGGGCGCCUGGGUGGCUCAGUCGGUUAAGCGUCUGACUUCGGCUCAGGUCAUGAUCUCGAAGUUCGUGAGUUCGAGCCCCACAUCAGGUUCUGUGCUGACAGCUCAGAGCCUGGAGCCUGCUUCGAAUUCUGUGUCUCCUUCUCUCUCUGUCCCUCCCCUGCUCGCACUCUGUCUCUGUCUCUCAAAAAUAAAUAAACAUGAAAGAAAAAUUUUUUAAAAAAGAUUUUAAAUAAAAUAAGUAGUUUUGAAUGAUAUAAUUUAUGAUCCUGAUUGACAUGCAUUUUUCUCUAUAUUAGUCUCAGGACUUCUCCCAAUUUACCAAGCAAUUCUCUAACAAAUGCUGGGAAAAGUAAAGAAUACUCCUGCUUUGUUUGUGAAUAUUUAUAUGAACAUAUAGAGACAUACAGCA